AUGGAAGUCCUUACCGUCAUCUCCAUAUUAGCCCCCAUAUUUGGUUUAGUGGGCGUUGUAACUUACAUUGCUCAGUCCACGCUCAAUACUAUGCUUCGGAAAUACCCAGCUCUGCUAGAGAAAGUUUGUCAAGAUAUUGAUGCAUUCCCCCAUUUGUUGGAAAGGAUUGGUGAGAUUCUGCAAGAGGAUGGGAUGAUGUCUCUCACAGCUCUUACUACCAUACGAAGGGACGCAGAGGGAGUCUACUACAGAGUGAGGAGGGAACUAUCUCAUAUGCACCGUCAUGAGCAGAAAUCGGUGCUGGAAUACAUGGAGCGGUUAAAGGGGUAUAUAUGCAUUCGUUCCACUCCUGCCUUCCCCGACUACCAAGGAGGCACAGUAUUUGAAAUAGUCGCACCCGAAGGUAGUGGAGGAAACACAGAGGAACGAAUCUCAUCCCCAGAUAUGGCAGCUUUCUCUUCCGAAGCUAAGCGCCACCACCUCGAGACAAUCAUUUCUCCUGAUGGCAAAUCUGUUGUCCAUACGCUCACCAACUCCUACCCCAACCUCACCACCGCCACCGCCGAGUGGGAAGACUCUCGUCCCGUGGGCAGUGGCGCUAAUGGCACUCUGGUGAUGCUUCAGUCAGGACCCUCUCGGAAUCUCCGUGCUGUUAAACGAGUUUUCGGACAUGCUGCCAUAUGCGCCAAAGAGAUCAAUGUCCUGUCGACGGUUUCAGAUAGCCAAGAUCUCUUCGUUCAAUUCCUCGGCUGGUAUAGCAAUCGGGAAUUCACCUAUAUUGUGAUGGAGUUCGUUGAGUGUGGAGACCUUAGUACAUUCAUCGAAUCACAGGGGGGUUCGCCAGUGCUUGAGGGGACAAGUCGAGAGAUCACGCGGCAGAUCUUGAAUGGGAUUAAAGUGCUACACGGGAGGCAAAUCUGCCACCGGGAUCUGAAGCCGCAGAACAUUCUUGUGGUCACCCUUGAUCCCAUCCAUGUCAAGAUAACAGAUUUUGGUGUGUCCAAACGAAUGGUGAACACACAGCUACGGACUAGGGUCGGUACUGUUGGAUACACCGCACCUGAGGUGCUUGGGAUAUUGCCGGUGUCAACCCAUGAUAACAGCUAUGGAUCUUCGGUGGACUUAUGGGCCAUGGGAUGCAUUAUAUACGAGUUGUUCACGUUACGGAGACCGUUUGAUACGGCCGCGAGGAACGAGCCAAGAAGUGACAUGUUGUCAGGGGUUCUUGCUCAGAUCUCAACGGAAGUAGAUAUGCCAUCGUUUUACAGCUUCUGUCUUGGUGGGGACACGCAUAUUCUUGAGGUGUUGAGGCAGUCAGGGAUUAUCGGCGUCGAAGGCUUUGGAGUUACCAUGACCGGUGGUCUUAAGACGCAGCCUUUCUAUCAUCAGGUCAAAUGGGAUAGCUUCGAACAGUACCACAACGGGUCGAGGAAAUCCUUAGAUACGAUAAGAGAGUAA